GAAGGGGGGGCCUACGUUACUCACUCAACUACAACACCACCUCCAUCUUGGCACCUACCGCGACUCGGUUUACGGGAUCAACCAAUCCCCUCGCCCCCAUCCAUUCGCGCUGCUGCUCCGUUCUUCGACAUCCCAGCAGUCUCCGGAUUCUCCUGGCGCAGCGGCCAUCAUCACGUUCUCGACUGCAACGACCUCCCACCAGCACCCAACCCCAACAACAUCGCACCACCCACGAGGCUGCGACAAUCACAUCCGAACAAGAGGACAAACCACCAUGGACUUUGCAGCGCUUAUGGCGGCGGAGAUCGCCAAGUCGAAACCAUCAGGCGCAUCCGACACCAAAUCCAAAAAGUACAUCUCCAAACGACAAGCCGAGGCCGAGCGCGAGGCCGCUUACCACGCGGAGCAGGCCGCGCUCGAGGCGAAGCGGGAGGCAAAGGCCGCGGAGAAGCGCAAGCGGGAGGAGGAAGAGGCCGAAGAACAGGCCCAGUACGAGGAGAAGAGGCGGCGGCUGGCCGAGGAGACGAGGCGGCACCGCGAGGAGAAGGCCGAGGCCGAGGAGCGCGCGCGGAGGAAACGCCUGGGCCUGCCCGAGCUGCCGCAGGGCGGGAGUCAGAGCGGGGAUGGAGACGCCGAGGAAGGCGGCGAGAAUGGCUCCGCCACAGACAUCCCCGACGACGACCUGUUUGAGAAGCUCAGAGCCCUGGGGGAGCCGGCCAGGCUGUUCGGCGAGUCGCACAACAGCCGGCUCAAGCGGUACCGGCGCCUGACAACCGUCGUCACGUCCGGCCCGAUACCAACGACACUAGAGCCCGUCGAGGAGAAGGACAUGAAAGUGUGCGACCCGGAGGACGUCCCACCGGCGAGCGACAAGGCUGGACGGCAUUACCUCUUCCGACAGCUGGCGUCGUACUUCACCAUGGUUCUGCGGGAGUGGGAGAUUGCCCUGGCGCGCGAGCAACUGGCGAACAAGGACAAGGAGCAAGAGCAGGCCUCGUACGCCAGCAAGGCUGCGAUCAACGCAAUGAUCUCGUCGCGCGACAACAUGCGACCUUUGUUCCGCAAAUUUGAAAAGGCCGACGUGCCCGACGACAUUCUCAAGCCUGUCGUCGAGAUCGUCAAAGCCGCGCAGGAGCGCCGCUAUGUCGACGCCAACGAUGGUUACCUGCGCCUCAGCAUCGGCAAGGCUGCGUGGCCCAUUGGUGUUACCAUGGUGGGUAUCCACGAGCGUAGCGCUCGUGAAAAACUGCACAACGGAGAGCGCGGGCACGUCAUGGGUGAUGAGGUUACGCGCAAAUAUCUCCAGAGCAUCAAGCGUUGCCUGACAUUCGCGCAGGUUCGGUGGCCGCCGAGCGAUAUCCGGCAGCUCAUGGGGUAGUGCUUGAUUCUCCAAGGUCGGCGAGCUGAGCUUCACGCCAGGCUACAAUACACAGUUUUACCUACUCCGCCAUUAUUGAAGUGACUGUAUCUGGGUGACC